UCUAUUUUUAUAGAAAAAAGUUAUAUAAUAUAUGUACGAAAGGUUGUGCCCAAUUUUGAGGCUUGCCAGCCGCAGCCUCGCACAGGUGUGUAAAUAAUUUCAUCAACGGCAUUAAAAUUGCAUACAUACAUAUGUACAUUGAAGCUCGGAGCACACGUUCUAUUUGACUAGUUUGCAAUCACUUCACCACUUCUUCGAUAUCGGUUUGUCUAAACCUUACAAGUAUCAUAUAACUCACCGUCUACCACAGAAACACGGUGGUUAUUGUUGAGUGUUUUAAGCACAGACACCAAGUAAUUCAUAUAUUCAAUGUAUCCGUGCAAAACCAGGACGUUCCCACGCGAGAACGUUACGUUAUUGACGAGUUUACGAAGGUUGAUACAUAUCUGCCAUAUCUGACCAUCAGCUCUAUUAAGUUCAGCCUCCAUUUUCUUCGAGAAGCUGGCUUACUAUAUCUUCAAGCUUUAAGGCUUACUCACAACCCUUAGGAUUCCAACUGGGGUAUUGAGGUGACCAUACGCACCUUUAUUAUAGUUACUAUUUCGACCUUCAGCGGCCAGUAGGAUUCAAAUUUCACUUGUAGUCACACCUAUAAAUAGCGCAGUUUACUUCGAUGGACACCAUGAAGCGCUCUAGUGAGGACCGUGAAUCCCCGGAGGAUUUCAUUUUCAACUUGAAUCAGACUACGUCGGCAGGCGAACUAGGCGAAGAUGGAAAACCUGAGACUGCGGUAGAUCGCAGGAAACGUAAUUGUAUUGCGUCUGCACGAUUUCGUCAGAAGAAAAAGCAAGAAAUGCAGAUGCUCGAGGAAAUUGCAAGCAACAAAACAGAAGAGUGCGAGAAGCUUCAGCAAACUGUUAAGCUGCUCCAAGCUGAGCUCCAAUAUUUCAAACAAUUGCUGUGUGCGGAGGCCUUCCAAUCACAAGCGGCGGCCCAUGGAUUGCAGGUUCCAGGCGCAUACAACCAGGCAUCAGUAGGUCAAGGGAUGUCUAUGUCUGGGUACCCGGCUGGAUUUGGUAUGGGGCCCAAAGCGAUGGGUGCAAACCCACUCGGGUUUAACGGGGCAGUUCCGCUGAUUAAGAGCAACAUGCAGGCUUCCUCGUUGAUGUCUGGACCCAUGAACGGCACGAAGUCGACCAAUGGAGUAGGCAGCAGUAGCACUAACCCAGCCACCGGUAUGGGGUCAAGCGCACAGUCUCCGCUCAAUGGAUCCAACAAAGCGAACAACGGCAUUUCCGGUAAUAAUCAAAUGAAUGACUCACAGCAACAACUACAGCAGCAGAUGUCACGACCCGCUUACUCACGCACCAACAGCCGCAAAGAAGGCCGACACAGCGCAGGCCCGAGCCCUCAGCUGGCCACAGUCAGUCUGACAGCCGCUCUGGGUCACAAACAAAGCCAUUCCCUGUCCGGCGUCAAACAUCCCAAGAAAGAGCUGGAACUGCCUUCGUCUACAGGACACUUACUAUCCCAAUACCCGGGCGUGACGGAUCUCAACAGCCCUGGUCCAUCGUCGUACAAAUCCCCAUCAAGCGGUGCGAAUGGACUAGUGACACGCCCAUCCUCCGGGAUCAACGGUAAUGGUCCCAACAAUUCAUUACAGGGAGGUGCAAGUGCCGGCAAUGGUAAUACUCCGGGUACCUAUACACCGCAGGGCGCUUCGUUGUCGUCGCAGACAUCCGCGCCACACAGUGGGAUGUCCGGGUCUGGGCCUCAGGGUUCACAAAUGCCCGUUUUUUUGCAAAAUAUGUACCCACCAAACAUGCUUAUGGGCAUGUUUGGGAUGCAAUCGGGAGUUAUGCCGCAGAUCACGCCGGAGAUGGCCCAGAUGGCAGCGUAUAUGGCUAUGGUUCAACAGCAACAGCAGCAGAUGCAGCAGAUGCAGCAGCAACAACAACAACAAAUGCAUCAGCCGAUCCAGAAGUUACCCCCGUCGAGUUCGGAGCUCGCUGGAAUGAGCGAUCUUAACUUCUCGCUCAAGUCCGAGUGAUUUAUUUGUAUAGAGGCGCAGGAAAAAUGCCAAAUUUUCAAUAAUUAUUCGAGCUGGUCUUCGCGAAACGACCAAAACGUCGCUGUAAAAUGACAUCAAAAGAACACCCGAUAUCGAACGGCUAGUCGAAUCUGCUCCAAGCACAAGAUAUGGUCUUGCAAUGACUCGACAGUUAUUUGGUUCGGAACCGGGGUGUGGGAGCAAUAGAUAAUUCAGCGGAAUUGCAAGGUCCCGACCUGCUUGUUUCUGCUUGAUUUACUAUGGAUAUUGGUCUAAAUUUAUAGAUUUAUAAGGUCAGAGUUUUAUUUAGUUCGCAAGUCAUGAAAGGAGUUUUAUAAUAUUAUUAUACUUUCUCGAGAGUCCGUGAAGCGACACAGGACUUCGUGUAGGGACAGCGUUUUCUUGGUGAAGCACAUUAUGCAAGGCAAACUAUACGAAAGCAACAUGAAAUGUUAUCAGACGAGUGCUUGUUCAAUUUUGAACUCAAUGAGCAAUUUAUUUGCUAUGCCUCCCAGCUAAACUGUCCUAAUUGGUUAUUUUACAUUCACAAUGUAGAGAUGUAUCGUGUUAAUAUCACAAGCUUUCGUAAGCCGGUUUGUACAUUGCUAAGAAAGAUGGUUGAGGUGCCCUCACGCUCCAUAUAAAGGACUACUUGGACCCGCUGAUUAUAGUCAAAUCGCUCGAGACGGAACAAAAUAUCUGAUAACUGUCAGAAAGUAUUAAAGUAUUCCACUUCGCU